CUUGAUACUAGGUUCUCCUUUCCCUGCUGCCCAUAACUCAAGUUAGAGUUGAAUUCAAUGGCCGCCCUGCAGAAAUCUGUGAGCUGUUCCCUGAUGGGGGCUCUGGCCACCGGUUGCCUCCUUCUUGUUGCCCUGUGGGUGCAGGGAGGGGCAGCCGUGCCCGUCAGUUCCUACUGCAGACUUGACAAGUCCAACUUCCAGCAGCCCUAUAUCACCAACCGCACCUUCAUGCUGGCUAAGGAGGCUGGUUUGGCAGAUAACAACACAGAUGUCCGUCUCAUUGGGGAGAAGCUGUUCCGUGGUGUCAAUAUGAGUGAGCGCUGCUAUGUGAUGAAGCAGGUACUGAACUUUACCCUUGAAGAAGUGCUGCUCCCCCAGUCUCAUAGAUUCCAGCCCUAUAUGCAGGAGGUGGUGCCCUUCCUGGCCAGGCUCAGCAACAAGCUAAGUGCAUGUCGUUUUGAGGGUGAUGACCAGCAUAUCAAGAGGAAUGUGCAAAAGCUGAAGGACACAGUGAAAAAGCUUGGAGAGAAUGGAGAGAUCAAAGCAAUUGGAGAAUUGGAUUUGCUGUUUAUGAGCCUUAGAAAUGCCUGCAUUUGACCAGAGCAAAGCUGGAAAAUGAAUAACUAACUGUUCCUGCCUGUUAGAAAUAACAAUAGUAUCCAUGAAAUAAUUUUUUACCAAAAGGAAAACGGGAAGCCAAACUUCACCAUUAUGGGUGGAUUCCAAAUGAACCCCUGCUGAACUUAAUAUGAAAACCAAUGUUACUUGUCCAUAGAUGAGGAGGUAGACUUUCCAAGCAUAAAGAUAUUUAUUGGUACCAUUUUAUUGUAACUGGUGUUAUAUACACAGAAAAUAAUUUGUUUUUUAAGGAAUUGUCUAUUUCCAUAAAAAGAUUACUUUUGGGUAAAUACCUUUAGGGGAAAAAAACCUAAAUAACUUCAUGUUUCCAUAAUUAAUACUUUAUAUUUAUAAAUGUAUUUAUUAUUAUAAGUAUGCAUUUUAUUUAUACCAUUUUAUUAAUGUAAAUUUAUUUAUAGAAACAUUAUUUGAUAUUGCUACUUGAGUAUAAGGCUAGUAUUAAUAUUUAUGACAACAAUUAUGGAGCUAUAAUAUGCUUAUUUGACCUCAAUAAA